CUGCCUUCGAUAAGCGUUUCUGGAACGUCGCCUGCUCGCUCGAGUCCCAUGGAAAGGUUGCGCCCAUGGCCAUGCGACGAGCCAUCGCUGGCCAGAAGUGGGAAGGCUGGAAAAGCAGGAACACAAGACCCGACCAUUCGCACCCGGUCCAACUCUGACUGGCUCCAUCGGAUACUUUAAUCCCUCCAAGCUGCGGUCUGGGCGGAGCCUCGCUACGACGACUUGCCCCAAUUGGGGGGAGACGAGGGCGCCGCGAUCCACUUCGUUUGGGACGGUCGGAAAAGCGAGAUGUCCGACUUUUUUGUCUUACUCCAUUUUCAUUUGCCAUCAUCCGGACGGGGGUUCGUGACUGGCCGACACAGGCGACAUGGGCUUACGCCUGAUGGAGUUGCGUUGCGAUCGGACGCUGAAAGGAGGCAUGUCCACGAUGCUCGAGCAUUUCGCCCCGACCACGAGUCUCGUCUCUGGACCGACCAAAGGGACUGCGGGGGAAAGAUGCCAAGUUGCCAACCUUACUGGCGUUAAGCAUAUUCUCUCGGCCUUUUCCCGGCGUUGGUUGGCAGUGACACUGCCCAGCGUUGGCCCAAGGGAUUAGCUCGUAUUAGCAGUUGCUCGUGUCGGGACGGAGCGCUCGGCGGGCGUCCAGAACUGGAAUUAGA